CUAUUGACAAGUGUACUUGUUUAUCUUUCUCGGGGGACCACGUUUCACAGCCUAACAAAUGUUAUCGUUCAGCGCAGGACGCGCCUGCAUGUCUCGGAAGUUUCUCGAAUGUUAUCGAUGGUUCUAUCCGCUGUCUGUUGUCACCCGACCUUGUGUAACCUAAUUGCAUGUAUGCACGACGCGAAUUGUGUAGUACUUUCUGGAAGACACGCGAGCACCAGCGAUUACUGUGAAACCUUCGAUCACUCAUGUAUAAAAGACAACGCGCUUGAUCCUCAGAUCAGAUGUUCGACGACCGCCGACUGUGUUCGCCGCUAUCGUUGUGCUUCGAGUGUCGCUUGUUUUUUUGGGCACAAGUUCGCCCAAUAAAAAGUUAGUUUCGUCAUUCACAGUUUUGCUACUAUGUUAUUGACCGUCACUGACAGUCAAUAACACAGUCGCAAAACUGUGAAUGACGAAACGGUAUUGACACGUGUACUUAUUAAUCUUUCUCGGGUGACCACGCUUGACCGUCUAACAAAUGUUAUCGUUCAGCGCAGGACGCGCCUGACCGCCGACGUCGCCCGUUACGUCAAGACAUAACGAGACUGUCAGCGACGCAAGACACCACCGACAAGGCUAGCGGGAUUACUACAGCCGAUUGAGCUUCCUCGCCGACCAUUUCAGCAGAUCGGGAUGGAUUUGUAUGGACCCUUUCCGACGUCAACAUCUGCAAAUAACUGGAUCGCCGUGGCUACCGACUAGCUUACCCGCUACACCCAAACGAAACCUCUGCCUAAAGGACCCUUCUUCGUUCACCAUUCACCGGCCAGUUCAAGUGACACCUGUCAUGAUGCCUACACAGCGGAAGAUUUUAGUCUUUGUGUUGGUAGCCACGUGCACGUCACUGUAUUUCUACAAUGCGAUACGGAGCAGAUAUGUUAGAAUGUCGGAGCUGAAAGGGACCUCGCUGAAGGGUCUUUCUUGCCCUAUCUUCAACUCGCUAAACAACAGCAAUGUGACACAAGGUUUGCCACGCAUCAUGAUGUGGACCAAAUUCUUUAGUGAUUGGUACGGGCCACUCAACGAUACCAGAAUCGGCGAAGUAUUGCUCGAGAACUGCACAGUCAAGUGCUUCGUCACUAACGACCCAUGUCUGGUAGAAUAUAGCGACGCUACCGUCUUCCAUGUGCGCAACCUAGAGAUGACGGAUCUCCCCCAGAAGCGCUUCAGCUGGCAGAAAUGGAUCUUCUACUUGAUGGAACCACCGCCAAACACCGACUUCACGGACUUCAAUCUCACGCACGGCAUGUUUAACUGGACCAUGACGUAUAGAAAAGACUCUGACGUUUACGUGCCCUACGGUAGGAUUGUACCUCGCGAGGCCGUCGCUACAAAUACGAAGAGAGACUUGAAGGCCCUCUGGAAGUCUAAGAAAAAAACCGCCGUAUGGAUGGUCAGCAACUGCCUCACUAACGGCGGGAGGGAACGCUUCGUCGCUCAACUUAAGAAAUACAUGGACGUUGAUGUGUACGGCUUCUGUGGCGACCACAAGUGCCCGAUGUCCCGAGGUAUUUCCUGUUACGUGGAUUUCGAGCGCACCUACUUCUUCGCACUUGCCUUCGAGAACUCGAUAUGCGCGGAUUACGUCACCGAGAAGUUCUAUACCGCGCUAGAGCACGACAUCAUACCAGUUGUCUUCGGUGGGGCCAAUUACAGCCAUAUCGCGCCAAACCAUUCUUUUAUUGACGCCCUCUCGUUCGAAUCGCCCAAGGAUCUCGCCGAGUAUCUUAUAAAACUAUCAAAGAACUACACAGAGUACGCCACUUAUUUAAAAUGGAAAGAUAGCCAUGAUAUUGUUCAAUGGCACCCCGGAUUCUGCGAGCUUUGCACAAAGUUGCACAGUCACGUCGAAUUUCAGAGGACUUCGUCGUACGCCGACAUAGGAGCGUGGUGGCUUGGAAAAGGUCGUUGCCGCAGAUGGCGGUCGGGUGCACACAGUUAAGUGGUUCUUGUGGCGUAUUGCACAUCCAUUAGCUACGGUGUUCAAGGUCCAGAUAUACGGCUAAGCAUAGGGCCAAUAAUACGCCAGCACCGACGUAAAUCGGAAGAGCGCGAUUACAUUUGAGAGUAGGGAAUGGCUCAAAUUACAUUCAAUGGGAGUUCCGCUAUGUUCACGCUGCUUUGAGUGGUUUCCUUACAUUCAUAUGUACAGUGCCCUUCACUGUUGUGUAUAGCACGAUAACGACACGCUCAGGCAUAACGAAGGCGCUCAUUAAGCGCCGCCGCUCCCAAACAGCAACAUUUGCAGUCUUACACAUGUGUGUCGCCGCGCAUGCACCUAGGCAGGGUAAGCUAUGUUGAACCCAUUAGCCGCAGCCAAUGGUCGACCGUGAACCGAACCUAGUUGCUCAUGCGCUCUACACAGCAGUGAACGAGAUUCUACAGUGCCAACGAUUGAAACGCGAUAAUCGGAGCUCAUGGUUGCCGCCGCUUCUCGCACCGAACGUGUGCACAUGGAACACCGAACCGAUACAUCGUGGUAUACGAUGAAAGCGAGAACCUUUGUGACGAACUUUGUGAUCACCCAUCGCUCACCGGUGGCGCAGAGAAGCGGAGGCAGGAACGCGCUCUGAGUAUCGCGUUUCAAUUGCUGAGCACUGCCACGGCCACCUUUAUUAAAUGCAGAGCAUUUGUUUAACUCACAUGUAGCGUGCGCCGUCCGUCCGCAACAGCUCGAGCAUAGGUGCGCCCUCUCCCCCACUCCUCCUCUCCCGCAUCACGCUUGCAGCACAUGUGCAGCGCGCGAAGCGUCGUAGUUGAG